AUGGCUAGCCGUCGUCACCGCAACUCGCUCCCCCAAAAUGAUCAAUCCGCAGCCGGCUCCUCCUCCAGUCGCCACCCUGUUUACCAUGGAAUCCGAUGCCGAGCUGGAAAAUGGGUUUCUGAAAUUCGUGAACCAAACAAGUCCACUCGUAUAUGGCUUGGAACAUAUCCCACACCGGAGAUGGCGGCGGCUGCUUACGACGUUGCCUCAUUGGCACUCAAAGGUUCGUAUGCUGUACUAAACUUUCCAGACUCCAUUCUCUCCAACACCCUUCCAGAAUGUCCCACAGCUGAUGACAUCCGUGCAGCGGCAGCAACAGCCGCCGCCGCUCGAGCACCGGCGUACGAUACUAACUUCGGCGGUAACAUGACGGUGAAUGAUCAAACAGCACCUCCUCAAGAGUUUGUAGAUGAUGAAGCUCUGUUUGGUAUGCCGAAUUUGUUGUCGGACAUGGCGGAGGGAAUGCUCCUAAGCCCACCAAGGAUCGACUACAAUCAGCCGGACGAUGACAAUGCAUAUUACAAUUAUUAUUCAGGUGGAGGGAAUCUAUGGAACUACUAAUUAAAGGCAAGCUCUAUAUAUACAUAUAUCAACCGGGUGUAUGCAUGGACUACGAAUCAAUCGAUGUUCGUGCGACUUUAUCUUACGUUGUUUGUAGUGUGCCUUUCUUUUAAUCUCCAAUUAAACCUUUGGGUUUACAGAAGAAGUUGGGGUUUUCUGGGUGAAUGUACGUAACUCACCCAGUUAUGUUAUGGAAGGGUUGCACAGUUCGUUUUUAACGUAAUUUUACGCAAUGUGGUUACUUGUAAUAUUUCAUUAUGUACAAUAAGAACACCGGUUGACUUUCA